AUGGUGACUGCCCGGCGGUCAUGGCCUACAUGGUUACGAUAUGCGUCGGUGAUUCUGGCUCUUUCUGCUCCGAUUUGUGGAAAUGGAGUUCAGAAUUCUACACAACCGAUUGAUCGGGCCAGCGGUUUGGAGACGUGUCCGGCCAAGACGGUGUGGGAGGUUGAAGCGGAGAUAUUCCAGGAUCAAAUUUGCUUGGAAAGUCGGUGGGGUCGAGGUCGAGAACAACAGCAACAGCAACAACCGGCUUCUACUCAAGCAAGUGGCGUGGGUGGAUAUAGCACCUCCACGACAGCCUCAACUGCCGUGGCGGUAGGAGGGACACCAGCAGUAGUUGCAGGCCAGGCCACAGAUCACGAAGCGGAUGAAGAUUCUUUGCUCGAUGGCUCGAGUUUCCUCUCCUUUGAGGAUUGGAAGAAACAGAAUCUGGCCAAGGUUGGACAAUCGGCCGAAAAUGUUGGAGGUAGCAGGCGUGCUGCGGCCGUUGGCAAGGAAGGUCGGCGGCAACCAGGUAUCAAUAAUGCACUGGAUUCUCUAGGAGAUGAUGGAGAGAUUGAAUUGGAUUUUGGCGGGUUCGGUGCUGAAACGCCUGAGGCCAGUCCAACGGCCUGGGGAACCCCGAUUCCUUCGCAGUAUGUGGAUCCGUUGGAUAGUGACGAAGGGGGAGGUGCUCAUACCCAGAGUCCGCCAAAGGCAGAUGUAUCGCGACGCAAGGAUGCUGGUACUACUUGCAAAGAGCGGUUCAACUAUGCAUCUUUUGACUGUGCAGCGACGGUGUUGAAGACGAAUCGCGAGUGCAAGGGGUCCUCUGCCGUACUGGUCGAGAACAAGGACAGUUACAUGCUGAACGAGUGUCGUGCCGACAACAAAUUCCUUAUUUUGGAGCUCUGCGACGAUAUUCUAGUGGAUACGGUCGUUCUCGCGAACUAUGAGUUCUUCAGCUCAAUUUUCCACACUUUCCGUGUGAGUGUCUCGGAUCGCUACCCUGCAAAGCCAGACCAGUGGAAGGAAUUGGGUGUUUUUGAAGCAAGGAAUACCCGCGAAGUGCAAGCCUUUGCGGUGGAGAACUCGCUGAUUUGGGCUCGUUACCUGAGGAUUGAGUUCUUGACCCACUACGGACAUGAGUUUUACUGCCCCGUCAGUCUCAUACGGGUCCACGGAACUACUAUGAUGGAGGAGUAUAAGCAUGAUGAGAGCGUGAACCGUGCGGAACUGGAGGAGGAAGAGGAGGUCGUGGAGGCUGUUGAAACUGCCGAGGUCUCCGACAAGGCCGAGGCCCAAUUCGUUGAGCCUUCCAUCGAGGAGGUCACGAUUGAGAGGGAGAAGGAUAGUCAGAUUUAUGAGAUUUGCCCAAAUCCCCUCACGGAAGUUGAAUCGCUUCUCUUGGGGCGGUCUGUACUUUCAUCCGAAACUUGCCGCCUUGGUGAAGAGACUGCUACCGAAAACAGGCCAGAGAAGACUACUCCAUCGGCGAAUACCAGACAACCACCGAAUAUUAAUUCGACAGCUACACCGGGAAAUGGUGCUUCUGCCUCUCAGUCUGGAGCGGUUCCUCCACCCAAAGCCCCCGAGGAUACUCGAAAGCCGGGCGAUUCGACCAAACCUGUAGCAUCAUCUCCCGACGCACCAGCGGCUGUCACAGAUACUUCUCAGCAGGACUCUACGGUUGAAAGCACAGGGAAGACCACAGGCAAUCCCAAAGAAGAGCAGCAAAAUAGCCCACCACCAGAGUCUACUCGACCAACAUCUACCCAACCGCCAUCCUCCAACCCGACCACGCAAGAAUCAUUCUUCAAAUCCGUCCAUAAGCGACUACAAAUGCUGGAAUCCAACUCCACGCUAUCCCUGCUCUACAUCGAAGAGCAAUCUCGCAUCCUCCGUGAUGCAUUCAACAAGGUAGAGAAGCGCCAACUCGCAAAGACAUCCACCUUCCUUGAGAAUCUGAACAUCACGGUACUCCACGAACUCAAAGAGUUCCGCGAGCAGUACGACUAUGUCUGGAAAUCGGUCGCUUUUGAAUUCGAGCACCAGCGCAUGCGAUACCACCAGGAAGUCCAUUCUCUGAGUGCGCAGCUCGGCGUUCUCGCCGAUGAAUUAGUCUUCCAGAAGCGGGUCACUAUGAUCCAGAGCAUCAUGGUACUCUGCUGCUUCGCAGUGGUCCUCUUCUCGCGAGGAUCUGUCGGCACAUACAUGGAAUUCCCUCGGGUCCAGCGCAUGGUUGCUCGAUCCUACAGCCUGCGGUCCUCGUCCCCUCCUUUCGAAUCCCCGUCAGCUAGUCCGGGGUCGACGCGACCGACAUCCUCUUACCAGGAGCAUUCCGCCCACCGGCGGAAUUUAUCGGAUAGUUCCUCUUCGCAGGGCAGUCCCAAUAGCCCAGAAGUGACGUACGUCCCGCCGACCCCGACGUCAGAUGUUUCCCGGGAGUUCGAGGAAGUGGAGAAGAGCCCACAAUCUCCCUCUCCCUCUCCUGAGUUGAUGUCGGUGCCUACAUUGGGCACACCGCAGUUCCGGUCGCAUAGCACGCCGCCGGUGCUGAAUGCCCGUUCGUCGGAACUGGAUCUGGGUGGCGAGGGAGAUGAUCCUAUCCUUCCAUCUGCGGCCUCGAGUGUAUCAGAGGACCCUUCUCAAAGGUGA